GCAGUGGUUCAACCCAGCGUUAGUCUCAGUUAGUACCUAAAAUUAAGGUUUUCACAAAGGUGCAAUCGUUGGAUUCCGCUACCUUCCGCACACACCGAAUCAAUUUAUUUGGAGAUCGAUUUACCUUUCCCCUUUCGCCCUUUUGUUUUCGAAUUCUCUUUUGCCCUUUUGUUUUCGAAUUUUCUUUCGCUGAUCAGACAGUUUGUAUUAUUUCCAUUUCCAUACGUUUGAUUUUGCCGUGCCUCCGAUCAUGGAAGUCCCUGAUACCGCCGAAUCCACAGUUCCAGGAAAUUCUCCAAGACUGGCUGGAACAGUUAACUGGGGCACAGCGACUGUCAUUGGAGUAUUUGCAGGCAUGUUAUAUGGUGGUAGCAAGGAGGCAGCUGCUUCUGUUAGCAAGGAUGCCGAAGUUAUGUUGAAACUUGGGAGCACUGAAGAUAAACGCGAGCAAUAUCGAUUGAUGAGAGAUGCAAUGGAGAAACGAUUCAUUAGAGUUACACGGGGCUCGAUAGUGGGAGGGAUACGCCUUGGAAUGUUUACUGCUGCAUUUUACUGCAUGCAAAAUCUGCUUGCAGAGAAGAGGGGUGUUCAUGAUGUUUUUAAUGUUGUCGGAGCUGGAUCAGCCACUGCUUCAGCUUUUGGUUUAAUCAUGCCUGGAUCACUCCGUUGGCGAGCAAGGAAUAUGGCGCUAGGGUCGGUGCUGGGAGCAGCAUUUUGCUUUCCUCUUGGAUGGAUCCAUCUGAAGUUGGUACAAAUGGCUAAUGAAGCACAUCCACCUUCAGGUCAGAAAGAAGUUAAGAGUGGGGUUAGUGCUGCAAUUGAGAGGCUUGAAGGAAAUUUAAGUAAAUGAAAUACUAUUGUUAGGUGUCACGCCCCUCAUGGUCAGCAGGCUCGACCAUUUUAUUUUCGAAGAGGGGUAAUUUUUGCGUUAUAUCGGAAGAAGUGCUAAUUCAAUAAUUUAGUUGAACCUGUUACUCAAGAUUUAAAAGUAGUAAGCAUAUUUUUAAAGUGCUUUCUAGUCGUUCAAAAUCAAGAAAAAAAGAAAAAGUGGUAAUAUGAGUGAACUUGUACAGACAGUGUAUUAUUAUUCAUCGUUUACAGUGCAUCCGAUUGUAUUCAUUGUUGGUUUUUGAAGGCUGCCCAGGAGAAGGUUGUAUCCUUCAAAUAUAUUAUGAAGAUGUUGUUUAUUUGCUCUUCAUUUUACA